AAGCUUGUGUUUGAGGGCUUCUCUCGUGACGUCAUCACCAUGCGCCCGAGUUGCCCUAACGCAGGUGGAGGAUUUGAAAACACGGGGGACACAUUGGGAGUUUCCUUCUUUUUAAAAGUAUGAGCACUGAGGCGCCUGAGAAAGCUGCUGAUGAAGGCCAGAGCUCUGGGGGAGCCGCCGGAGCGCGGUUUGACUUGGAGAAGGAGACUGAGCUCAGGUUUGAGGUCGAGGCUGGAGAGCGAGUGCAGCUCGAACUGCUGUCCGGUCUGGCCGAGGUGUUCGGAUCAGAACUGAACCGGAACAAGAAGUACACAUUCGGACCUGGCUCGAAGAUCGCAGUGUUUACGUGGCAGGGAUGCAGCCUGUCUCUAAGCGGCAAGACCGAGGUGGCUUAUGUCUCAAAAGACACCCCUAUGCUGUUGUAUCUUAACACACAUGCUGCGUUGGAGCAAAUGAGACGACAGGCUGAGAGAGACAACGAGAGAGGCCCAAGGGUCAUGGUGGUGGGGCCGACGGAUGUGGGAAAGUCCACAGUGUGCCGUCUACUACUGAACUAUGCAGUGAGGCUGGGCAGGAGGCCCACGCUAGUGGAGCUGGAUGUCGGCCAAAGCAGUGUGUCUGUUCCAGGGACAAUGUCAGCACUGUACAUCGAGCGUCCAGCAGAUGUCGAGGAAGGCUUUUCUGUCCAGGCUCCUCUAGUUUUCCACUUCGGUUCCACAACACCAGGAACCAAUAUCAAACUCUAUAACAAGCUGACAUCGUGCCUGGCGGAGGUGUUCUCACAGCGCUGUGAGGUGAACCGGAAGGCCAGCGUUGGAGGCUGCAUCAUCAACACGUGCGGCUGGGUGAAAGGGUCAGGAUACCAGGCGCUGGUCCACUGCGCUUCAGCAUUCCAGGUGGACGUGGUGCUAGUUCUCGAUCAGGAACGCCUUUACAACGAGCUUAAACGGGAUCUGCCACAUUUUGUCCGUGUCGUACUGCUACCUAAGUCCGGCGGUGUCGUAGAACGUUCUAAGGACUGCAGACGGGAGACCCGGGACGACAAAAUCCGCGAGUAUUUCUACGGCUUCCGUGGAGCCUCGUUCUACCCACAUGCUUUUGAUGUGCGCUUCUCGGAUGUGCGCAUCUACAAAAUUGGUGCACCUUCCAUUCCGGACUCGUGUUUGCCACUGGGCAUGUCACAGGACGACACGCAGCUGAAGCUGGUUCCUGUGAGCCCGGGGCGUGACCUGACGCAUCACGUGCUGAGUGUUAGUUGCGUGGAUGAUGAAACAGAGGGAGGAGAGAGCCGGAGCAGGGGGAUUUUAGAAAGUCCGGUUUGUGGCUUCAUUGUGGUUACAGCUGUGGACACUCAGGCUCAGGUGAUGACUGUACUUGCUCCAGCACCCCGACCUCUGCCUCGCCACACACUCCUCAUCAUGGACAUUCGCUUCAUAGACCUGAAGUAAAGGGUGGGGUCGAGUAAGAGGGCUGAUGUGCUGGGGAGAAACAGGAAUGUGGAAAUGGAGCGAGAUUACAUCUGUAUACGAACUGAAGUGGGAUUAGCAGAUCAUGAUGUCACUGUGCUCUAAUUUUACCUCGAUUAUAAACACACUGCUUUUUCUUUCAUGUUUUUAUUCCUCUAUUUUAUUGGUCUCUGUCUUUCUGUCUAACCUCAUCCACUUUUUCUCUGUUUCUGCCGUUGACACCUUCUCUCAAGCUCUGAUUUCUGUUUCUGUUUUCUGAUUUCACUUGUUCACACUUUCUUGUUUUUUUUCUUAGAUUUUUUGUUUUCUUUCUUUCUCUCUCUCUCUCUCUCUCAGGGUCAACAAUUUCUUUCCCUCCACUUUCAGUUCCUUGCAAGAAACACAGAUAUUUUAUGUGUUGAAGUAUUUUGGACUAAUAUUUUGUAAUAAACGUGUUGAAGUGAUUUGUGGAGUUCUUUCUUAUGAAAAAAAGAAAAGAAAAGAAAGAAAGAACAACGAAAAAAAAACAAUAAAUAAACGCCCGGUGUUUAGAUGUAAA